AUGGCGGACAAGGUCAUGCACCAAGCUUUGGAGAAGAUUCUGCGUGAGAAAACUCCCAGUGACGAGCAGAAACUAGAGGCACUGUCAAUGUUUCCAGAGCAUGUCGUCCAGGUUCUGGAAGAGUGGCACAAGCAAGCGCUCAAGGCCUGGGUCCAGACGCAUCUGGGGAAUUCCGGGGACAUCUACCACGAGCAGUUCCUGGCCCUCGAACAGUCGAUCAAAGAAGCCCUGGGAAAUGAUCAAGAAUCCGUCAUGCCCCAGGAGUUCUGUAUUUGGGCACAACUCGUGGCGGACGAUGCCGACAACGAACUUUCUGCAGAACUCAGCCAGCGAAUGCUUCACCAAGCGCAUUUCCUGGUCGAUUUUGACCAAAAGCAUAAGUCUCUGCUCAAAGAGACUCAGUCUAUUCGCGAGAAGAAUGAGGCUAAUCGCGAGAAGAAUGAGGCUAUUCGCGAGGAGAUUCAGUCUGCGCUUGAGGACGGACAGUCGCUCCAGGAGCAAUUGGAUUCUGCCCUGCAAAAGCUGGCUUCUUUCCAGCGAGGAAACCUGGCCAAUGUCAAUGAAAGCCGACCUGGUCAAAUUUUGAUACACCAACUUCACGGUGUCUUCUCGAAAAUUAUGGCUGACACGCCCGUCGAAAGGGACACAUCUUCGGCAGCUUCCGCACAUGUUCGGUACAGCUUAUGCGCCUACCUCUCGACUCACUAG